AAACCCAAAUCCUUUUUAUACUAAAACCUUCAAAGGGUUUAUUUUACAUCAUUCUCUUUGUAAUUUCAUCUAAGAAAUGGACCCCGUAGAGCUAAAUAGAAUUUUCCAAAUGUUUGAUCGUAAUGGAGAUGGAACGAUAACGAAAAAGGAGCUCAACGAUUCGUUACAAAGCUUGGGAAUAAACAUUGAGGAACAAGAACUUGUUCAUAUGAUUGAAAAAAUAGACGUAAACGGAGAUGGAUAUAUCGAUAUAGAUGAAUUCGGGACAUUGUACAAGUCAAUCAUGGAUGAGAAGGACGAAGAGGAGGAUAUGAGAGAAGCGUUCAACGUGUUUGAUCAAAAUGGAGAUGGAUAUAUAACGGUGGAAGAAUUAAGGUCCGUUUUGGGAUCAUUAGGAUUGAAACAAGGAAAAACUUUGGAAGAUUGUAAGAGGAUGAUCAUGAAAGUCGACGUGGAUGGUGAUGGGAUGGUUGAUUUUAAAGAAUUUAGACAAAUGAUGAAAGGUGGCGGAUUUUCAUUAACAUGAAAU